AGAAUGAGAGGCCGUGGAUACAACCGAAGUGUGUUGUGUAGUGGGUCAUUGUCUUAUCCUCUGUUAUGUAAGAAAUGAGAGACACCACCCAAACUAGCUUUGACAGACUCAGUCAGAUUGCAAUUCUCAAGAACCAUGGCAAGCUUGGCUGUGUUGCACCACCAAACUCAGCCUUCUUUCUCUCUUCUCACUUCUUCUUUCUCUGACUUCAAUGGCACCAGAGUCGUCCACUCUCAUCUUCAGUUUAAAAGAAAGGCAUUGCAGCCAAAAGGAGCACUCCAUGUUAAAGCAACAAGUCAGAAGAAAAUUCUUAUAAUGGGAGGAACUAGAUUCAUUGGUGUAUUUUUGUCUAGACUUCUAGUGAAAGAGGGCCAUCAGGUCACCUUGUUCACUAGAGGGAAAGCACCCAUUACUCAACAAUUGCCAGGUGAAUCAGACCAGGAUUAUGCUGAAUUUUCUUCCAAGAUUUUGCAUUUGAAAGGAGACAGAAAGGACUUUGAUUUUGUGAAAUCCGGUCUCUCAGCUGAAGGCUUUGAUGUUGUUUAUGAUAUAAAUGGACGAGAGGCUGAUGAGGUUGAACCCAUAUUGGAUGCACUGCCAAAUCUAGAACAGUACAUAUACUGCUCCUCAGCUGGUGUGUAUCUCAAAUCUGAUCUUCUACCACACAGCGAGACUGAUGCGGUUGAUCCAAAGAGCAGGCACAAGGGAAAGCUUAAUACUGAGAUUUCGCUGGCAUCAAGAGAUGUGAAUUGGACUUCUUUAAGGCCAGUGUACAUCUAUGGGCCCUUGAACUACAACCCUGUUGAAGAGUGGUUUUUCCACCGCUUGAAAGCAGGCCGCCCAAUUCCCAUACCCAAUUCAGGAAUGCAAAUUACCCAACUUGGUCAUGUGAAGGACUUGGCAAAGGCGUUUGUUGUUGUUCUUGGCAAUGAAAAAGCUAGUAAGCAGGUAUUCAACAUCUCAGGAGAAAAGUAUGUGACUUUUGAUGGAUUAGCAAAGGCCUGCGCGAAGGCUGGUGGGUUUCCUGAGCCUGAACUUGUCCACUACAACCCCAAGGAGUUUGACUUCGGUAAAAAGAAGGCAUUUCCAUUCCGUGACCAGCAUUACUUUGCAUCUGUUGACAAAGCAAAACAUGUGUUGGGAGUAAAGCCCGAAUUUGACCUGGUGGAAGGCCUUACAGACUCUUACAACCUAGACUUCGGCAGGGGUACAUUCAGGAAAGAGGCUGAUUUUUCUACAGAUGACAUGAUUCUGGGCAAGAAACUUGUUCUCCAGGCAUAGAAGCUUGAGUAAUUGUUAUUGUCCCAGUUUGAAUAAUUAUUCUUUGAAUCCUUUACUGUUUGUAUUACCAGCAAAAGUCAUAAUGAAAAAUGGAAAUUGCAGGGGAUGCCGGGGUUUAUUUUCUUGACUGCUAUGUCUGUUAUUAUAAUGUAGACAAAUCAACCCUUGACUGCAAAAGUCAUAAUGAAAAAUGGAAAUUGCAGGGGA